AUGCUACAAGAACAUCCAACUCAAAUUCAGCCACGCUCAUCUUCGACUAGAGGAGAAGCGCAAGAUGAUUUACAGCAAGACUUGAAUUCCAGUACAAGCAAUCAUAGAGAGGUCGACGCAGACGUAAGCCGUAUAUUGAUUGACUUGGCCAAUCAAGUGACAUCCCCAAAAGCAAACGAAGCGAGCGUCUUUAAGCGAAGAGUAUCUAGCAGAGGAGACAUUAAGGCGUCUUUACCAAUCAAAACUGAUACCAAUCUACAUUUACAUCAAGAACGGAGUCAACCUGAUCCCAUCAUGUUAUUGGCUGCAGCAGCAGCUGUAAUUGAUGAUGAAGGCAAAUACAAAGGUAGAUCUUAUGAAAGAAGGGAAAUACGGUUGUACGGUAGACAUGGUACAACGAAAAGAAAGUCAUUUACGUAUGGUUCAAAUGAUGAUAGCGAUGGUCGAUCUUCCUCGUCUAUGCUGCAUCGUCGCUACAGCGAAAGACGUCAUCGAUACUCAAGGCCCUCGUUAUCAGGACAUAGUGGAGUCUUCUCAUCAGACACGUGGAACACACCAUCGAGCAAUCAUCAUAUAAAAGAAGACGAGGAAGUGAGAGGGACGCAUGAGUCACAAUCUGAGGGAACACAUGCCUUUUCGUGGCAAUACUUAUCGAUGAAGCAAAAUCCUCGUAUAAAGCGAAAUGCGAUGCAUGCAUAUAUUACAUACAUGAUAUAUACAGACAUGGCCCAUGAGCAGCAGAGAGUGAGACCUGAUAGCAACCAUACUACCACAAAGACGGUCUAUACUACUCAGCAGCAACAGCAGCAAACGCCCUCCAGAUAUCAUCACACGGAAGACAUUGCGACUAGUGACUAUGGAGGACUAACAAUGCAUCAUCAUCAUCAUCAUCAUCAGCAGCAGCAACAACAACAGCAUGAUUGGUAUCAACAACAAUCUUAUAGAUUACCUCCUUCCCCUCGUCAACAGCCCUCGCAACAGCAGCAGCAGCAGCAGCAGCCACAAACACAACCAUCAAUGCGAUCCACAUCGCCACCAAUGGCAGCCAUGUCUAAUGAGUCCAUCAUUAUACGUCCAUUGACAGACUUUUUGUUCAAAAAAGACAAUAAUGCCAAUAGAUCCUCAUCGAAUAUUACUACAGCAGCUUCAGCAAGCACUGCCUCCACUAUUGUACCACCACUAUCACAGCCAUCCUCCUCUUUGCAGCAACUGCCAUCGCUUGUUGGAAGUAAAAGUAACAGAUAUUUCGACUACGAGUAA